UUCACUGUCACAGUAAGUGUAGCUUACCAGGAAUCAUGCAUUGAAUUUAUCUUGUACGUAUAUAGGUAGUCCUAGGUAUUGAAAUGACUGUGUCAAAGCCAAACUAAUGGUGAUCUUAAAUAAGUUUGAUUUCUAACAAACUUUGGUAAUUCUACCAUCAAAAAACUUCUCUGUACCAUUAAAUGUGGAGGAUGUUGAUUCAGCAAAAAUAAGUUGUGAAAGGUCCCAUGAUAAAAAGGAAGUAAUAAUGCAACUUUCUCAUUUUUGAACCUUCAAUAUUUCAAAACUAGUAUUCCUUACAGGUGUGAGUGAUAAUGGAGUCUCCAUUAGAUAAUAUAUCUGAUUCUGAAAUUGAUGCUGGCACAUUCAAAUAUAUUCUCAUCAAGGUACAUUAUUCACCAGAGGGCGGACCUGAAACUUCUAAGUUUAUUGUCAGAGGGUACACCUGGGCUGACUUCCAUGCCAACAUCUAUGAGAAGGUAGCGCCUGCAAUAGAGAAGACAGCUGGCAUGGACUGCGAGUGUGUGGGAGGCGGUAGAAUUAAGCACUCUCUUGAUGAGAAGACCAUUAAGGUGUAUGGCUACUCUCAAGGCUAUGGACUGGCUGACCAUGCUCUAACUGUGGAAAUUCUUAAGAAGAAAUAUCCAGAUUAUGAGAGUAUAACAUUUUCUAAUGAUGGGUAUUAAUAACUGACAUCUCUAGUCCUAGUUCUAGAAAAUAAUAUAUUCUAGGAUCAGCUGCACUAGAGUUCAGAUUUUUAUUAUUUGUUUCAUGAAAUCCUUCUGUGUGCAUUUAAAGGAAGUUGUUGCAUGCAUUAUAACACCUCAUAAAUAAUAGUGAUUUGACAAUCAUAGAUAUUCUACUUUUGAAAAUAGAAUUGAGGUUUCUUUUCUGCAAAUGUGUUAUAAUUAUUCAUUAUUUUUUAUGAUAAAAUUUUGAAUAAUUGUAAAAAAUAUAUUCUUCAUUUUGUUGAUUUGGUCACUGAGUUUUUCCUAGUUUGGUAAAAGGGGAGAGGCAAAUUAUUAAAAUUUUGUAAAAAUCUUACUAAAAAGUGAAAAUGAGCAAGCCCAAUUACACAGUUGUUUGUUUGAGAGCAGCUAAUCUUUGAAGCCAAAUUGAUGAAUUAAAGCACCCUUUUAAUAUUCAGAGUUGUGUUUAAUACUUCGAUAUUAUGUGAGGGUGUUUAUUAUCCUUGACUUCUCUACUUAAUAAUCUUAUCUGGGUGAUUUUUCCCAUCCUAUUUCAAUAAUACCUGCUGUUGUUGUGCCCUGUUCAUAGCAGUUUGCCGUCAAGCUGCUCUAUUUUGAAUUGAGUCACUGUUGCUCUGUAUUACAAGGAGGACAUUCAUGUCUAUAUAUAAAAUUAACAUGGGAGUUUCUUGGGGAAAUGAUGGAAGCAAAAAAAUUUUCUCUGCAGUCGGAUGAGAAUAUGACAUUAUACUCUAUUUAAGUGGGAGUUUAUAAUAAAACUGCUCAUCCUUAAAGGCAACUGCUGUGGGACAAGCUAUGCUGGAUGUUAGUGUUCUAAUUUUGCUUCAUUAUCAACCUGAUUUCAAAUUUAAUUAAUUAUAUUGGCCAAUCAUUUUACAGCUUACAAUUUACACUUUUUAAUCAACAGACACUUAUUAAUGGAAUUUGAAUUGUGAUAAAAGGGCAUACCAAUACAAUUUUGUUCCUAUGCAAUGAUGCCGCAUUGAGACUCAGUUUUGCAGCUAGGUUUUAUUAACAAAUUUUCCCCAGCUCUCCUUACCAAGUUACUUCUCCCACUAAUUGUUUUCUAUUGUUUAUCCUACCUUUUAUGAUAUCCCGUGUAAGAAAAUUUUAGUCGCUUGUUCACAUAUCUCAGUAGUCUUAAGUUCUAACUCGUACUAUCAUAAUGAAUUCCUACUUGAAAGUGGAUUUUUCUCCACUGUUAAUCUAAAUUGUCAAAUUUAAGAUGACAAAAUUAUAAAUUUGAGAUUGUUU